AUGGAGGUCACUGCUCGUUGUGCUGCUGUGCUGUUCUUCCUGCUUAUAUUUCAGGCUCUGAUUCCUGUUCACUUGCAAGAGGAGGAGGAGGUUGUCCAGGAGGAGGAGCUACAGGAGGAGCAGGAGGAGGACCAGCAGGUGAUCGAGACAUGGACGCGGAACAUCAAAGCCUGCACCUGUGACUGUGAAUCUGCUGAUUCGCCAACACGUACCCCCGCUGUCAUCCUACCUGUCUCGCCGACCUCACUGCCUCCGCCACCUCAGGGUCAACCACUGAACUGCAUGCCAGAAUGCCCCUACCACAGAGCCCUGGGCUUUGAGUCUGGAUCUGUGACAUCAGACCAGAUCAGCUGCUCCAAUCAGGACCAGCACACCGGCUGGUACUCCUCCUGGACCCCCAGUAAGGCUCGCCUUAACAACCAAGGCUUUGGGUGUGCGUGGCUGUCCAAGUUCAAUGACCAGUACCAGUGGAUCCAGAUUGAUCUGAAGGAGGUGGGGGUGGUGUCUGGUAUCCUCACCCAGGGCCGCUGUGAUGCUGAUGAGUGGAUCACUAAAUACAGCAUCCAGUAUCGCACUGUGGAGACGCUUAACUGGAUCUACUACAAAGACCAGACAGGAAACAACAGGGUUUUCUACGGGAACUCUGACCGCUCCUCCACGGUGCAGAACCUGCUGCGCCCACCUAUUGUGGCCCGUUACAUCCGCCUGCUGCCGCUGGGCUGGCACACCCGCAUCGCCAUGAGGAUGGAGCUGUUGAUGUGCAUGAACAAGUGCACCUGAAGUUGACUCAGCCUGCUUCCUCCUCACCGUCCAUCCUUCCCCUGCCAACCUGCCGCUUGCCAAAAGGGGGACACUGGUCCAGCUUUUUGAUGUGACCUUCAUUUCUUCAACAUGUCUGUCUUUCUUUGGUGAGGCUCAAAGUAAACUAAGUCUGGGUAUGUGGACAUGU